UCUCGUUACUUUGACAGACAUCACGCAACACAAAAAAACACGCACAAAAAGCAGUCUUUAUUUACACAACACCUGCAAAAUUUUAUUUUCAUGGUCUUUCGUCGAAACUCGAAGCCAAAACCUGAACGACGCCUCCCUUGUCCAAAAUCCAAACAGCGCAAUCAAAACCCAUCUCCGAAUCUCGCCCCGAAACCCGCCAGUUUGCUGACAUAUUCAGAUCCACAGCUCUACACGUCCAACAAAGCCAAAACAAGAACACACACAAACGCUUCGGUUCCUCUUAAAUUUCAUGCUUUGUUUUCUUUGGAAUGAUUUUCUCUGUUUAAUGCAGUUUAGAGAGAGAGGAUUUUAGAUAGAGAGAGAGAGAGUGGGAGAGUGGGGUAGUGAUGGCAAGUCAGAUGGUGAAAGUGAAGAGGAAGAUGCUGAAAGCAUGCAUGACGUGCCCUCUUUGUAAUAAGCUCUUGAAGGAAGCUACGACGAUAUCUUUGUGCCUUCACACGUUUUGCAGGAAGUGCAUAUAUGAGAAGUUCUCAGAUGAGGAGGUGGAUCACUGUCCUGUAUGCAACAUCGAUCUGGGCUUUCUUCCAGCGGAGAAACUCAGGCCAGACCACAAUUUGCAAGAUUUAAGGGUCAAAAUUUUCCCUCUGAAGAGAAGGAAAGUUGAGGGCCCUGAAGUCACAGCUACAAGUUUUCUGCCAGUUAAAAGGAAGGAGAGAUCACUGUCUUCGUUGGUGGUUGGCACUGCCAAAGGGCCUAUGCAAAUUGGCUUGACUGGAAGGAGAACAAAAGCUGCAAGAAAAGCAGCUGCUAUUCGAGGAUGUAGUUUUACUGUUGCAGAAUCUGCUAAGAAAGAAGAUUCUGCAGAGGAUCAUCUGUUUAGCUCCAGCUCACAUGAUUCUCAAAGUAAAACUACUCGAAUUAAAAGGCAGUUGUUGCAGGAUUAUUCAGUUGCUGAGCCUUCUAAUGAGCGAAGGCCUAAUGAAGACACACAGAAUUAUGUGGAGAUAAAUGAAGGUAAAGUUGAUCUUUGGACACCGUUGAACUGUCUUGUUGAAGCUGCCAAUAGAACCAAGUCCUCUAAGUUGAAUUUACAAGGGCCGUCCCUUGCCAAAUCAAAGCAAGCCAAUGCCCAUGAUAGUGAAGUAUAUAUGCCUGAAACCAAAGCCAGAGCAGAGUCACCCAGGGCUCCUGACUGUGAAGUAUUUCUGCAUAAAAGCAAAAGAAAGGAGCAUGGACACAAUAUGAAAGUCCAUGAUGAAACUAAUGGUAAAAAGUUCCUUCCAGGACCUUUGAAGCAUAGAAGGUUGCGUGCAGCAGUUCGUAAAAGCACAGCUGCAUCUGGGCUGCUGCACUCCUCGGCACAAGCCAUGCUUGAUGUUGCAGGUUCUAAGCACAACAGAAGAAAUAGUCCAGUUUGGUUCUCAUUAGUUGCUUCAGAAGACCGGAAAGCAGAUGUUUCCCUGCCCCAGAUAUCUGCCUGUUACUUAAGGAUAAAGGAUGGUAAAAUGCCCGUUUCAUUUAUUCAAAAGUACCUUGUGAAGAAACUCGAUCUUACAAGUGAAGCUGAGCCCUCUGGACCAAGAUGUGACCAUAGAAUCUUCCAUUCGGAAGAAGUUUUGGACAAGAUUUGGAACCCAGCCAUAUAGGGUGAGGCAAGCAAUGGUGAAAACAGGCAUGAUGCUUAGGGCUGCCCUCUUUCAUUUCCGAUGUUGGGUACUUUCAAAAACAAAAUCAAGCUGUUUAUCUCAGAGCUACUUCACUGGCAAACCCCUUAUUAGUUGCUGAAGUGUAGGCCCAAGGAGAGAGGGUUUCAAAUAAUACUUCCGAAAUAUACCAUCACUUAAGCCUAUUAACUUAAGUGGUUGGUGUGUUGUGCAAGUACUACAAAAACUAAAUGCCAUAUUAGAACAUGAGCACUGUGCUCAAUUACAGCUAUGAUUAUGGGUGAAGCUGAGCAAGAACUGUUUUACUUUUGGGUUGUAGGGAGGCAAUUAAGGUUUACAGAGAGGAACUGACAACUGUUCUAUAUUAGCGUAUUGCCUUGAAUGGUUGGAUGAUGAGUACUAUGUUCAGUUACAGCUAUGUUUUUGGGUGAAGCAGAACAAAAGUACUGCUCUGCUCUUGGGUUAAAGGGAGCUAAGAAAAAGACUCUUCCAAAAUGUUCACAAAAGUCAGCUGUAAACAUGCUUCACUUCAAGUAUCAGAAGCUCUUCAAUCCUGAAGCUGUACAGUGUGCACACUUUUAAGUAUGAGCGCACUUCACUCCUGAAGCUUUGCAGUGUAUACUUUAAGCAUGCCUAUGCACUUUUAACAAUGCUGGGAAUAGUGUUUGUACUGCAAUAACAUUAACCUUUAGAUUCAUUGCUAAAUCACCAAAGAUUUCUUGCAACUGUCAAGUAUGGCCGGAAAACUUUUAACUUUUAGGGUCUUGGUAAUGACCAUAGGUGAUUAAUACAUGCUCCAUGGUCAUAAUAUUCUUGUGAAAAUUUCAUUUGCCUUCUAGUAAAGUCCUGGUUUGUAUGUCUAUUGGGCUGAGGAAAAAAACUAAGGCCUUGCUUGUUUUCGCAGAUGAGAUGAG